GCAUAUAACACCAGAGAAAUUCUUUGUGGAAGCUUGUGAUGAUGGAGCGGAUGAUGUGCUUGCUAUUGAUAGAGUCUCCACGGAAGUCACUCUUACAGUUAAGAAAGAUGUUCCCCCUUCAGCUGUUACAAGGCCUAUAUAUGGUAUUUUGGGAACAAUCCGGUUGGUGGCAGGCACAUAUCUUAUUGUAAUAACAAAAAAGAAAAAAGUAGGUGAGAUUUUCAGUCAUGCAAUCUGGAAAGCAACAGACUUUGACAUCCUCUCCUACAAAAAGACCAUGCUGCACUUAACUGAUAUUCAGUUGCAGGACAAUAAAGUAUUUCUGUCAAUGCUUAGUCAUGUCUUGAGCGUGGAUGGAUUUUAUUUCUCAACAACGUAUGACCUAACACACACUCUGCAACGGUUAGCCAACACGAGCCCAGAAUUCCAGGAAAUGAGCCUCCUAGAGAGGGCAGAUCCACGGUUUGUAUGGAAUGGACAUCUUCUUAGAGAAUUUGCUGCUCAACCAGAGAUCCAUAGGUUUGCUACGCCUGUGAUGCACGGAUUCAUCACUAUGCACUCUUGUUCUAUUAAUGGCAAGUGUUUUGACUGGCUGCUUGUUUCCAGAAGAAGCUGUUUCAGGGCUGGUGUACGCUACUAUGUAAGAGGUAUUGAUUCAGAAGGACAUGCUGCUAACUUUGUUGAAACAGAACAAAUUGUGCAUUACAAGGGGAGCAAAGCAUCAUUUGUUCAGACCCGUGGAUCAAUUCCUUUUUUCUGGUCUCAAAGACCAAACCUCAAGUAUAAACCAAAGCCACAGAUCAGCAAGUCAGUAAAUCAUAUGGAUGGCUUCCAAAGACAUUUUGACUCGCAAAUAAUUAGCUAUGGAAAGCAAAUGAUUGUUAACUUGGUUAACCAAAAAGGUUCAGAGAAGCCUCUUGAGCAAACAUUUGCAAAAAUGGUUAACAGCAUGGCAAAUGGAAUGGUCAGAUACAUAGCAUUUGACUUCCAUAAAGAGUGCAGUCGGAUGAGGUGGGAUCGACUUCAGAUUUUGAUGGAUCAACUAGCAGAACAGCAAGAUGAGUUUAGUUAUUUUCUAGUUGAUUCGGAUGGUAAAAUUGUGACUCAGCGAAACUGCAUGGACUGCCUUGAUCGGACUAAUGUGAUUCAGAGCUUGUUAGCACGCCGAUCUCUUCAAGCCCAGCUUCAGAGGCUAGGUGUUCUGCACGUUGGACAGAGAAUUGAAGAGCAAGCAGAUUUUGAGAAAAUCUACAAAAAUGCAUGGGCUGAUAAUGCUAACGCUUGUGCCAAACAAUAUGCUGGAACUGGUGCCUUAAAGACAGAUUACACAAGAACUGGGAAGAGAACUCAGUGGGGCUUAAUAAUGGAUGGCUGGAACUCAUUAAUACGUUACUACAAAAAUAACUUUUCUGAUGGAUUUAGACAAGAUGCGAUUGAUCUUUUUCUUGGAAAUUACUCAGUGGAUGAAGUAGAACCUGCUAGUCCUCUACAUGUCAAGAAAGACUGGAAGUUCUUAGCUUUGCCUAUUAUUAUGGUGGUUGCUUUCUCCAUGUGCAUUAUUUGUUUGCUGAUGGCUGGUGAUACAUGGACUGAGACACUGGCCUAUGUGCUUUUCUGGGGAAGUGCAAGCUUUGGAACUUUCGCUAUCAUCCUUUACAACGGCAAGGAUUUUGUAGAUGCACCCAAGCUGGUCCAGAAAGAGAAGAUGGACUGAAUUUGUGUGUGUGGAAAGCGGCUUGGUACUGAGGAUUCCUCUAGCCACACUUGGAGUCUCUACUGACCUGCUUUCCACACCGAAUAGUGGUCUUUUUAACAUUCUUCCUUGGCAGCAUGGGGGGUGGGGGGGAAAGAAAAUCGUGUCUUUGGGUGGUGGUAGCUUUCAACUGAGACCUGACUGGACAGCUUAGUUGCAAUGGUCUUUGGAAUAUUGCAUUAGUGGAGGGGGCUCCACUCUUACUGAGGUAAUGCAAAGAUGAAAGCCAGCUUUUUGGUGUCUGGAGUGUUUUAGGGCAUAAGCGGACUGCUUGAGCUCAUAGUCCACCUGGGCUGUUUCAGCUGAAUUUUUGGUCUUUGGCUUGACCGGAGAGCACUCUGAUGCUGUUCAUGUGUCAAAAAACCCAGAUGUUGAAGCACUAAUAAUGGAGCUUCUAGUCGUGGUCUCUAAACAAAUACGGCUUCAUACCAAUAAAAAGUGUACUUCCAAGACUUACAGCUGGAUUACAUUUGUUGUGA